CCCAUAAACCAACCACCUCCUCCCCUCCUCUAGACACCUCUCCACCCCCUCCUUCCCCGUCCUAACCACAUACACAUGCCUCAACUCCUCCUCCGAGCAACUCAACCGCGUAACAUCAAACCGCCCAUCCACAUCUACCACCAGCGCGACACCUGACCGCGGCGCCGAAACAGCGGUAGACACGAUAUGAUACAACAGCGCCUUGUAGCGCCCACACACGUACAGCUGCCCCCCGCGCCGAUCCCAGAUCUCGUCAAGCUCUGGGAUACCCAGGCGGCCGGGCGCGAUGGUGGGGGGUUGUAGGGAUUUGAGGUCGCGGAAGAGCUGGUUGUGAUGUCAGCCUUGCGCGUUAUCGAUAACGGACUCGUGCGACAACUUCGCAUCACCACCACCACCACCGCGGCGGGAACGAAAAUCGGAAAAGAGAGCAAGGAAAGGGAAAGGGUGUACAUACCUCAUCAAGCGUGCCGACUUCGAUUUCGCCUAGCAACCGCGCUCCCUGCGCCAUCGCCAUCGUUACAACCUACCUUCCUAUCCACUGUCUCCGGCGACAGCACCAGCACCAUCAAAAUGGCACCCCCCGUCGAGACCUGGAGCGCGGCCGAGCUGCCCACGCGCGUGAUGGGCGACGUGAACGGAAAGCGCCGGAAAGGGAUUGAGGGACUGAAGCUGGAAGAAUGCGAGAUGCUGGAGAUACUGCAGUAUUCGUGUGGUAUCCAGGGUUACGGAAAGGGGGAGAUGACGAGGGAGUCGAUUGUGCAGUGUACGACUAUUUCGAGGUUGUUUAGGAGGUGUCAGGAUCGGAAUGGGAGUUUUUUGGUUGAGACGACGGCGUGGGAGGGGGAGAAGAAGAAGUGAGGUUGUGGAGUUGGGGGGGCUGCGGGAGUUUAUAUGGAGAUUUGGCGCAGGUGGGAGGUUUGGGCGAUUCGGUGUUUAUGGAGUUGGCUGGAGUUACUGUGCUUCAGUUACUGGGUUCAAGUUUCAAGAUGGAUAUCACACAGCAAUAACAGCGACUCUUUUACAGAUGAUACACAAGAGAUCCUCAGACCUUUUAUUUGUUGAUAAUGUGGGAU